AUGCAGGAGCUGGUGGCUGGUGUGGAGAAGAUCAGGUUUGACUUGGAGGCUGAUGUGGAGCAGCAGCGAGGAGCUCAGCCCCUGCCCUUCCCAGGUAUGGGCAAGCUGAGGGCAGCUGUCUGCAAGUUCUUCCAUUGAGGGCUGUGCACCAGGGGUGUGCAGUGCCCCUUCCAGCAUGUCAGCGGGGCGAAGAUGGUGGUUUGCAAGCGUUGGCUGUGUGGGCUCCGCAAGAAGGGCGAUGGCUGCGACUUCCUGCAUGAGUACGAUGUGACCAAGAUGCCCGAGUGCUAUUUCCUCUCCAAGUUCGGCCAGUGCAGCAACAAGGACUGUCCUUUCAAGCACACUGAUGCCACUGCCAGCACCGUGGGCUGUCCCUGGUACGACCGUGGCUUCUGCAGGCAGGGUCCCCUGUGCAAGUACAAGCACACACGGAGGGUGAUGUGUGCCAACUACCUCGUUGGCUUCUGCCCAGAAGGACCCAAGUGCAAAUUCAUGCACCUCAAGGCCAGGCUGAUGACGAGCAGCACGGAUCCAUCCAAGGUGAUACAGAGAAGGUCCUAUGCCAUUCUCUCGAGUCGAGGCCCUUUCGCUCUGUGCCUCUGCCCAUCGGGGUGA